UGCAGGGGCUGAGGCGGCAGAUCUGAACUUGCAGCGGAUAGAAACGUAAACUUCGACUGCAUCAGUCCGCACCUCUCGAGGGAAAAAGGACGGAUUGUUAUUAUUAUAUAUAUAUAUAUAUUUUUUUCCCAGAGAGACUCAAACUUCGGCACUUGCUCGCCUUUCUUGGAUUGCUUUGGAGGACACGGUUUUCUGGCAGCAUUGGGAACAGUCAGACUGUGUUGUAACUCUUAUUUUUAAAGCAACCGUAGAGGAUCAGACUUUUUAAAUGUUUGGGAUUCAAGAUACUUUAGGAAGAGGACCGGCUCUGAAAGAGAAAUCGCUGGGUGCCGAGAUGGAUUCGGUCAGGUCCUGGGUACGGAAUGUCGGAGUGGUGGACGCCAAUGUCGCUGCGCAGAGCGGGGUUGCCCUGUCUCGGGCCCACUUUGAGAAGCAGCCUCCCUCCAACUUGAGGAAGUCCAACUUCUUUCACUUUGUCCUGGCGCUCUACGACAGGCAGGGGCAGCCAGUGGAGAUCGAGCGCACAGCCUUCGUGGACUUUGUGGAGAACGACAAAGAGCAAGGCAACGAGAAGACCAACAAUGGAACCCACUACAAGUUGCAGCUCCUUUACAGCAACGGCGUCCGCACGGAGCAGGACCUCUACGUCAGGCUCAUCGACUCUGUCACCAAGCAGCCCAUAGCUUACGAGGGACAGAAUAAAAAUCCAGAAAUGUGCCGAGUGCUCCUGACACACGAGGUGAUGUGCAGUCGAUGCUGUGAAAAGAAAAGCUGUGGAAACCGAAACGAGACUCCUUCAGACCCUGUCAUCAUCGACAGAUUCUUCUUAAAAUUUUUCCUCAAGUGCAAUCAGAAUUGCUUGAAAACAGCAGGAAACCCAAGAGACAUGAGACGGUUUCAGGUUGUGUUGUCCACAACGGUGAAUGUGGAUGGACAUGUCCUGGCCGUCUCUGACAACAUGUUCGUCCAUAACAACUCCAAGCACGGGCGGAGGGCGAGGAGACUGGACCCUUCUGAAGCUACCCCCUGCAUCAAAGCCAUCAGCCCAAGUGAAGGCUGGACCACAGGAGGAGCCAUGGUCAUUAUCAUUGGAGACAAUUUCUUUGAUGGUCUCCAAGUGGUGUUUGGAACCAUGCUCGUCUGGAGCGAGCUAAUAACCCCUCAUGCCAUCAGAGUGCAGACUCCUCCUCGGCACAUCCCAGGAGUGGUGGAGGUGACAUUAUCUUAUAAAUCCAAACAGUUCUGCAAAGGAGCCCCAGGAAGGUUCAUUUACACAGCAUUAAAUGAACCCACCAUAGACUAUGGCUUCCAGAGGCUUCAGAAAGUCAUCCCCAGGCAUCCCGGAGACCCUGAGAGAUUAGCUAAGGAGAUGCUGCUGAAGAGAGCGGCGGACCUGGUGGAGGCCCUCUACGGCACGCCGCACAACAACCAGGACAUCAUUUUGAAGCGAGCCGCGGAUAUUGCUGAAGCCCUCUACAGCGUCCCCAGGAACCCCAGCCAGAUCCCAGCUCUGUCCAGCUCCCCAGCUCACGGGGGCAUGAUGGGCAUUAACUCCUACGGCAGUCAGCUUGGGGUCAGCAUCUCCGAGUCAACACAAGGAAAUAACCAAGGGUACAUCCGUAACACGAGCAGCAUCUCCCCGCGGGGCUACUCGUCCAGCUCCACGCCCCAGCAGUCCAACUACAGCACUUCCAGUAACAGCAUGAACGGCUACAGCAACGUCCCCAUGGCCAACCUGGGCGUACCAGGCUCCCCGGGAUUCCUCAACGGCUCCCCGACAGGCUCCCCGUAUGGAAUCAUGUCCUCGAGUCCCACCGUGGGAUCCUCCAGCACGUCCUCCAUCCUCCCGUUUUCCUCCUCCGUUUUUCCUGCUGUCAAACAGAAGAGUGCCUUUGCCCCCGUCAUCAGGCCCCAGGGCUCCCCUUCACCUGCCUGCUCCAGUGGCAACGGAAACGGAUUCAGAGCCAUGACUGGACUUGUCGUCCCCCCGAUGUAAAGAAGAGGAAAACGGCUUUCUUCUAGCACAAAACUACUUACUCUGAUGGACCAAUAACGCGGAAAGCACUAUGAGCUCUUUGUGGGCAAGAGUUGUGCCCCCAGUGAACACGAUGGACACUCUUGGGUAUGCAAGGAGCUGGCAUCUCAUUCGGUCUCACGUCCCCUGGUAGCUCUGACGACGAUGACACAAACUGCCCCUCUUGGGGACAAGGACAAAAGGUGUCAUUGACGUAGCCAGCGCUAAGAGCAGAAAUGCAAUCCUUUGUUAUGAACAUUCUGAAAAACCACCUUCCUAUGUUUGUAAAAUAUUUAAGAAAAAAAAAUUGGCAAACAAUUAAUGCUUAAUAUUUUGGAUACCAUUUGUUUUUCUUUGUAGGAAAAAAAAAGUUGAAAGUUUCUAUUUUCUAUGAAGCCUUUCAGAUACCAAUUUAGUUUAUGCAGAAAAAAAAAAAAAGUGAACAAACAGGGUACCAGCAUGGAAGACUUUCUUAAAAUGAAACCGGAAUUGAAUGAUGAAACGUAUGUGUGUUUGCUUAUAGUUUAAAUCUCUUUAAAAA